AUGGUCAUAGGCGGGCUGGACGGUGGUGUAGUGGCUAGCACUGUCGCCUCACAGCAAGAGGGGUCCAGGUUAAAAUCCCGGGCUAGACGAUAUACUCCCACAGUUGUUGAUCACAGGCCAGUGCUCAACCUGCAGCAAACAACCAAACUGAUACAGCAACUUUAUGGAGUGACAAUAAAUGAGAUCUCCACCCUGCCGAGUUAUAUCGACCAGAACUUCCUCAUAGUGGACAAGGAGGAUAACAAGUACGUCCUGAAGAUCAUGAACUCAAAAGAAAGUGAAAAUGCCACCCGGUUGGAGGUGCAGACCCUGACCAUGUCCUUUCUACACCAGCAUGGAAUUCCUUCUCAGACAGCCAUACCCACCACCACCGGGCAGCUCAUGAGUAUGGAGGAAAUAGACUGUGGACAUGGUGCUCAGACCUACUGUGUAAGGCUAAUGACCUAUCUCCCUGGAAAAAACAUUGCAGAAUGUCCAGUCACACUGCAAGAUCUUUAUGAUGUCGGCAAGUUGGCUGCUGUCAUAGAUACAACAUUGCAAAAACUGGUGUCUCCAAACCUGGAUGUCUUACAACAAAAUGACGCGAUUUGGAGUUUAUCCAACAUUCCUCUCAUUGAGGGCUACCUGUCAGUGAUGGAUGGAGAUCCCCUGCAGGAAGUGGUCAAAGCAGUCAUUAAACAGUUUAAGUCACAUGUGAUGCCCAAAACCGUCUCUUUCCGUGAAGGAAUAAUACAUGGGGACCUAAAUGACUGGAACAUCGUUGUCACACCUGUAGGCAACGGGCGUCAUGUGGUGUCAGGUGUCCUGGACUUUUCUCUGCUCGUGAUUAAUUGCUAUGUAUUUGAAUUGGCUAUAACAAUUGCGUACAUGAUGCUGGAGAACCCCAGUCCUUUGGAUGUAGGUGGAGCAAUAUUGGCGGGCUGGGAGAGCAUCAUGGUGCUAAGUGGUGAUGAAAAGGAUUCCCUCUUCCUGCUGGUGCUCGGCCGGUUGUGCCAGUCUCUGGUUUACGGCCGGUACACUGCCGCAAAGUACCCAGACAACAAGGAAUAUAUCCAGAUUACAGCCCAAAAGGGGCCUCAGCUUCUUACCAAACUGUGGGAGCUGGGCAAGAAAUACGUAGAAAGCAAAUGGUUCACAGACGCCGGCACAUUCUCAGAUGAAUAA